AUGGGAUCCUCCUCUCAUAUUGCGAAGACGAUCUUCAUACCCGCAUCUAUUGCAUUAUCGAUUUAUCUCCUAUUCUCUUUCCUGAUCAUCCCAUUCUUCCGCCGGUAUCAUCAACGCUACUCUCAAUACCUCCCGCUACAUACCAUCUCCGCGCACACGCGCUCGCUUCGAGAUCGCAUUGCUGAUACCGUGAUGCGUCUGUGUCUUCCAUCCUCAUGGCGACGAGAUGAACACAUCGAUGAUCACGCAAAUAUCGACAUUGACGAUGAUGAGGGAGAGCUCAUGCUUGGGAUGAAUAUGAGUGCGGCGCGACGGGAGGCCUUGGACAGGAGGCGGAGCAAUGCUGCGGAUGCUCAAAGUCGACUGAGCCGGGAUUUGGAGGAAGGAUUCAUGGAUGAUAGUGAUGAGGAGGAUGAAGGCCACGGCGGUGCGAGGAAUCGACAUUAG